AACGGAACGACCCACCACAUGGCACUACUGUUGGCAAGUUGCACGUUGAUUAUUGGACCUGCAUACAGCCGCACGGGGGGCAUCCCACUAAUACCACCAAUACGGCCCCAAGCACAGCUUCAAAAGAGUGUACUGGUCGUUAUCUUUCCCUUCAGCANCUCCACCGUCCAAACACCACUCAAACCUGCCCCUUUCAGCCAAUUCGCAGCCAGCUCCACUAGGCACCGUUCCGCGGCCCAACCCGCAACUGCACACAGACUCAUCGCCAAAAAUUUUACCGUUGCAGUAAUUACUCUUUACUUUUCUUUCAAGAGAGAGUCCAUAUUCGACACUAUAUCACUACUGUGGGGCAACUGGGUUCGCUUACUCACCUAAUCAACACAAGUUCCUGCUCUCACUGGAACCUAUCUACAACUCUCUCCUCCAAGGUGUGUGCUACUACAAACAAUACCAUGCGGAAGUGUAAGGUCUUCGUGGGCUCCUCCCACCCAGAAUUGGGUAAAUUGGUGUGUGACAGGCUUGGUGUGGAACCAGCGCCUUGCACCUUGAAGAAGUUCUCCAACGGAGAAACGUCGGUGCAGAUUGGUGUAUCCAUCAGAGAUGAGGAUGUGUAUAUCAUCCAAUCAGGGUCGCCGCAAAUCAACGAUCAUAUCAUGGAGUUGUUGAUCUUGAUAUCUGCUUGUCGUGGUGGUUCUGCCUCCAAGAUCACUGCGGUGAUUCCCCAGUUCCCAUACUCCAAGCAGUCGAAGAUGAAGAAGCACAGAGGCGCCAUUACCGCCAGAAUGUUGGCCAACUUGUUGGUGAUGGCUGGUGCCGACCAUGUGGUCUCCAUGGACUUGCACGCGUCACAGAUGCAAGGCUUCUUCACCAAGCCCGUCGACAACUUGUUUGGCGCCCCCACCUUGGCCAGAUGGAUCCGUCAUAACAUCUCCGACUGGGAAAAUGCAGUGGUGGUUUCCAAAAACCCCGGUGGUACUAAAAGAGUCACUGCAUUGGCUGAUUCUUUAAAGAUCAACUUCGCCAUGAUACACACUGACAGACGUCGUACCCAGGACCAGUACUCCAAGAAGAAGGCCUUGAAGCAGUCGGUCAAUGAGGACGACGAGGACGACAACAUCGUGUCAGAAAUUCAGACCGCCAGAAUUGUCCAGGGUCACGUUGUGGACGACGAUUACCCUGCCAAGGAACAGGCUGUCAAGCAAGACGCCAGCCACUUGGAACGCCAAGCUAUCUUGGACAGUGACGUGUUGGGAGGCUCCUACGACGCCGGCAACUCCGACGACGAAGACGAGCCCACCUCCUUGAGCCAAGAGAAGUUGAUCACCUUGGUUGGUGACGUCAAGAACAAGGUGGCUAUCAUCUUGGACGACAUGAUCGACAAGCCCAGCUCGUUCAUCGCUGCGGCAGAACACUUGAGAUUGAACUGUGGAGCCAAGGCUGUCUACGUCGUGGGGACCCACGGUGUCUUUAGCGACUUGUGCUUGGAGUCCUUGACCGAAAGUUCGUGUAUCGACAAGAUCGUGGUCACGAACACCUAUCCUAUUGGCAAAGAGAGGAUCGAAAAGUACGCCGACAAGCUUACGGUGAUCGAUGUGUCCCCAAUUUUCGCCGAGUGCAUCAGAAGGGACCACUUCGGAGAGUCUAUUUCGGUGUUGUUUGACUCACUUGCUGCCAUUGAAUAAUUCCAAUAAACGUUUGACUGGCAUCACCGGAAGGUGAUUGUAAACAUCCAACGAUGCGACCACCGGGUCGCAGGACUUUAAUCCCUCGUUUCGAGAAUAUAGGAUUAUGGGACUAACGGAGCGUUGGUAUAUCAAAGUCUGUAGCCUGGUUUAGCGGGUGUUAGCUCGGUGAAUCAGGAGACAGCAACAGCUAGCGGGCUAGCUUACUAUAUAGCCUAAUAGACGUAGUCUAUGAUAAGUGUAGGAGAGUUUUAAGUAAGAGGUAUGAUUAUUACUUAUCCCAUAAAUAGAGUAGGUGUCCAUUUUUGAGUAACAGGUACGAAAGGUGUGUGCCUAAAUGGUAUGUGACGAAUGUUGACUGGGAUUUAAAGAGGUAAACAUCUUUUUAGUCACCAUUCUGGGGAAGUUAUUGACAGGAGGAAUUAUU